AGCAAAUAAAAAAGUGAUAGUGCAGAAGGAAGGGAAAAAUCUUGAUACUCUCUGUCGUAUAUUGCUGUCUGUGACAAAAAGUGACGAAAAGCACAGACUGUACCGAAAAAAGUUUUCAUUUUUACUGAUUUUCCCUAAGGUUAUUGUUUUAGUCUUUCCAAGAACGCAGUUUGAAUUUCGUGAGUGUCGUUCUCCUAGUCAGUUGUCGGAAAAUUGAUGGAAGAGAAAAGGGUGUAAACAGAAGGAAUAGUUUUCAAGGGUCAAAUCCAGCAGAAAAAAAGUUUGUCAUAUUGAGUGUAUAAGGAGGAAAUCGAAAAUUGGCUUUUCCUUGGUGGAGGAUAUCCAGGUGGUCUACACGGUGCACACUAGCGAUCGAAAAUGUUAGCGCUAAUCAAUCGGAUUCUGGACUGGUUCAAAAGUCUGUUUUGGAAGGAGGAAAUGGAACUGACACUGGUCGGAUUGCAGUACUCCGGGAAGACAACCUUUGUUAACGUUAUCGCCUCCGGUCACUUCUGCGAGGAUAUGAUCCCAACGGUUGGCUUCAACAUGCGUAAGGUGACCAAAGGCAACGUCACAAUCAAAGUGUGGGACAUCGGAGGCCAACCUCGAUUCCGAUCGAUGUGGGAGCGAUACUGCCGCGGGGUCAAUGCCAUUGUCUAUAUGGUUGAUGCGGCGGAUUUGGAUAAGAUGGAAGCUUCCAGGAAUGAGUUGCAUUCGCUGCUGGAUAAGCCCCAGCUGAUGGGCAUUCCGGUUCUAGUGCUAGGCAACAAGCGGGAUAUCCCUGGCGCCCUCGAUGAGACUGGUUUGAUCGAGAGAAUGAAUCUUUCCAGCAUACAGGAUCGGGAAAUUUGUUGCUACAGCAUUUCCUGCAAAGAGAAGGACAAUAUCGACAUAACGCUGCAGUGGCUCAUCGCCCACUCCAAGAGCCAAAGUCGUUAAGUGCAGUGCAGCGGGGGCAGUGUUAUCGCGGUCGUUGGCCGGGGAACCUAGCCUGGUCGAGUAAAGCAUAUGAUAUGAUAAGAAUGUACGGUUAUAUACAAAUACACAUACAACAACAACAACAAAAAAAACAACAAGAUCCACAUACAUCAUACCCACACAUCCGUGGAGUCGUCGCCAAUGAGUAGAAAACGGAGAGCAGGAGGAGGAGAAGGAAAACGUCGACUGUUACCGGGUUUUCGAAGGCAUCAUUCGGUACCGAAUCUCAGUGUGAUGUGAUAUUCUCAUAAUAAUUCUGUAAGUAGAGCCUAACCGAAUUUCGAGUGUAUCGGGACGCGCAGGAUGCUUCUCGGUUACAGAACGAACGAACGAAACGUUAAUCAAGGAACAGCAAUGGGGGCCAUCAUCAUAACGUCGGAAGCAGCCGUUGAGCGGAAGUGGCCCAUGAGUAUGAAUGUGUGAAUUCGUGUCAGUUGUUGCAGUUCAGUAUUGGAGCGGAUUCUAAUUUACACACUAUAAAGAUUCAAAUAGUUUGCCAGGAUGGUAUAUCAAAUCAAUCAUGAUAUCAAGAUAUCCAGCGAUACGAAACGCCAAAAGUCUCAUUAGAAACAGUUGAUUCACUUUGAACGAAUUGUUAGCUUUCCAGCGAGGAAUAACACCUUUGUGCACACGAACUAUCCUAAGCAGAAAAAAUAGAUUUGGCUUUUAGUAAAACCGUUGUUAUUGGUAUGUAUGAGGUAUUAGGAAUGCGUUGACACUCGUUUCACAGUGCUCAGUUUUAGUUCAUAUUUUUUACCACCUUUGAAUAUAUAUUUUAAAACACUAGAAACAUUCGGUUUUAAUCUGUAAAUUGGUUUCUUGGGAUUUACUCUAAUUUUUAUUAUGCAAUAUCAUAUGUGAGUGCUAAGAGUGAUGAUGAUUGAGUGAGCGAAUUGAUCCUAAAUCGAUUGAUAGUAAAAAUAACCAAAUUGAAACAAAAACAGUUGAAAAUUUUCAGAUAACAAUAAUAACAAACUUUAAUAUAGCGCUACUGAUAUUUUAAAUGUUAUGAGGUAAUUAGAAAACAAGGAACGAACCAAUUAUUGUUCUACAAAUUUGAUAGAUUUUUAUUUUACUUUUCAUAUAUAUCGUCUCGAAUCGUCCAAUCAACUUUUGUUCGUAGGAUUGGUUCGAGGAAUUUCACCUUUUUAUGUUCGUUGCCAUUGUUGAACGUCUUUUCUAUCGACACCGAUUUCCCAAUACCUCCCUGCACACAUACUUUCUGUUUCCGAAUGUAGAAACAACUUUUAUGCGUUAGAUUUCUAGACGGUUGCUAGACAGGAUCGUCCCGGGUUUUAAUUAACGUUGAUGCUUGCGCAAGGUUUGUCGCGAAUAAAUUAAUCAUUAUGACAAGAAGGUAUAGAAAUAUAGUUAGUAGAUGAGCAAGGGCAACUGAAAUAUAUAAGAUUGAGUAUGAUUAACGAUAAAUUGAUUACUAAAACCCUAUACUUGUAUAUAAUGACAAACAUAUGAUAAUAAUAAAACACAUAUGACUAUCUAGA